AUGUGUUGUGGUAUGAAAUUGACUUCACAUAAUAUAAAAGCUGAUAAAGAAGUUAAAAGUUUACAAUCCUUAACAACUAGUUUAGAGAAAGAGAAGAAUGAAUUGCUUGAAAAAACUAAGCAAUUAGAAGCAAGAGUAGAAGAAAACAUGGGACUUGGAAGUAUCUGGAAUUGA